AUGAAUUCUAACGGUCCAGCUCAGGCGUUUGAGACGCCUUUCAACAUCUCCGACUACGUUGACUUCGACUUUGACGUCGAGGCCAUCCGACAGAGCGUCCAUGUUUCUUCAGAGGCUUCAGUGGUCGAGCCUCUUCAGAGACUGAGUAUUUGCGACCCUUACGCUAGUAUUAUUGACGCGGUUGAUGCAGACUUCGCUGGCAUUUUUCAGCUCCCCGACGGCAGCAAUGCAUUGGACGCUGGCUUCAAUGCCACUCAAGCAGCUUCAGAAGACGACGGCGUACUUAACGCUCUCCAGGCUCCAACCACAGGUCCCAUUUCGACCGUUGGCUUUCCUACUCAGUCAGGCCCAUGGAAGUCCAGAACUAUUGAUGCAUUCGACAAUUUCAUCGAAACCAAUGCUGCGUUUGGUGAUCCUACUGCCCUGAACCCUGCCUCAGAACAUUUGGGCAUGACUGACGCUUUCCAGACAACGAUUGAGACGCAUUCUCCGCGCGACGACUCUACUGUCUUCGAAUCGACCGCGUUCAAUCCUACUGUUGACCCGGCUACUCUAGAGAUACCAUGCCAUCCUUCAAGUCCGGUAUCAUUCCCCAUGCAGGAGAAAGCUAAUGAGCGGUCGACUGCUGUGCCAGAGAUUGUGCAAAAGCCAUCAAUGAGGGUAAUUUCUACCCCAGAAACUCAGCGGGAACCUUCAAGGUGGGUACCGGCUUCUCCACGGCUUCAAGAACAUCUCAACAAAACGUGUCGCAACCAAGUAUGGAGAUUUCUUCGAUUGAGUCAUCUUUAG